UGGCUGCCUAUAAAUAAGUAUUAUGCUCUUGAUCUUCUUCCCCACCCACCAUAAAAAAAUCGAAAUCUAAUGAAAAUGAUUUUGAACACAUUUCUGGUUUUCUCCCUAUUCCUAAUGGUGGUUGUAGUAGACGGGCAGGGUGGUGCCCGUGUCGGUUUCUAUUCAAGGUCCUGCCCAAGUGCUGAAACCAUAAUCCGGUCGACUGUGAGAUCCCAUUUUCAGUCUAACCCAUUAAUUGCACCCGGUUUGCUUAGGAUACAUUUCCACGACUGCUUUGUCCGUGGCUGUGACGCAUCCAUACUGAUUCAAGGAACAUCCACUGAACUAACCACACCUCCCAAUUCUAACUUGAGAGGCUUCGAAGUUAUAGACGAUGCUAAAACACAGCUUGAAGCUAUCUGUCCAGGAAUUGUCUCUUGCGCAGACAUUCUCACUUUAGCUACUCGCGAUGCUGUUGUCAUGACGGGAGGACUGAGAUGGGAGGUGCCGACUGGAAGAAGAGAUGGGACAGUUUCCUUAGCGUCUGAGACCGCCAACUUGCCUGGUUUCAGGGAUCCCGUAGCAGUGCAGGCCAAGCAGUUUUCUGAUUUGGGUCUCAACCUUCAAGAUCUCGUCGCCUUAGCUGGAGGGCACACGAUAGGGACAGCUUCAUGUGUUGUAUUCAGCUACAGACUCUACAACUUCAACUCAACCGGAGGACCAGACCCAUCAAUCAACCCGAGCUUCCUUCCUAGUCUUAGAACCAUGUGUCCCCAGAAUGGAAACGGCCAAGUCAGAGUGGGCCUUGACAACGGAAGCCCCGCCAAUUUCGACACCUCCUAUUUCAUGAACUUGAGAAACAAUCGCGGAGUUCUUGAGUCCGACCAAUUUCUUUGGACUGAUCCAAGUACCAGACCCAUCGUUCAAGGAUUCCUCGGUACCAAAGGUGUUAGACCCUUGAGAUUUGGUCUUGAGUUUGGAAGAUCAAUGGUUAAGAUGGGCAACAUUCAACUCAAGACCGGGACUCAAGGCGAGAUUCGUAAAGUAUGCUCUAGAAUUAAUUAAUCAAUCAAGAACAACAUGUCUUGCUUUAUUAUAUAUAUAGUUUGUACUACUAGAAUAAAAUUAUCAUGCAUAAAUGAACAUGGAUAUGAUGAUUCUCUUAACAAC